AUGGAAGGAGGGAAGGCGUUCGGCUUGCUCAAAGCCCGGCAGGAGAGGAGGCUGGCCGAGAUCAACCGGGAGUUUCUCUGUGACCAGAAGUACAGUGAUGAAGAGAACCUGCCAGAAAAGCUCGCUGCCUUCAAAGAGAAGUACAUGGAGUUUGACCUGAACAACGAAGGCGAGAUCGACCUGAUGUCUUUAAAGAGGAUGAUGGAGAAGCUUGGAGUCCCCAAGACCCACCUAGAGAUGAAGAAGAUGAUCUCCGAGGUGACAGGUGGGGUCAGUGACACCAUCUCCUACCGAGACUUUGUGAAUAUGAUGCUGGGGAGACGGUCUGCUGUGCUCAAGCUGGUCAUGAUGUUUGAAGGAAAAGCCAACGAGAGCAACCCCAAGCCAGCUGGCCCUCCUCCAGAGAGAGACAUCGCUAGCCUGCCCUGAGGGCCCCACCUGGACUUCCCUGGCCCCGCCCCUGCUGCUCCCUCCUGAUCUUGAUGCCCCUCCCCAUUCAUCGUGAUUCGUCUUAUUUGUUGGUUAGGUUGUUGUAGGUUUGUUUAUUUCAUCAGCAGAAUCGGUGAUCUCUUUGUGAAGCACAAAUUGUCUGCCUUAAAGGGGCUCAGGGUCAGGCAGUCCUGAGCCUCGGGUUCCCUUUCUCUCUUUCUCCUCACUACCCCCCAUGCAGAAGGGUUGACAUCAAACAAAAGCUGGAGGGAUGGGGUCAAGAGAGGCUGGACACCUGUUCCCAAUGCUUAGAACCAGCACUGUCCAUCCUUCCAGGAAUCCAAGCCCAGUUCAGUCCCGCUGGCCUGGCACUGGCGAGGGCCCCAGCCCACUUUCAGAAGAUCCUGGAGUAGGGACGAGGCUGCGGAGCUUCAUUAGUCUUUCCUUGGACGACUCUGGUCCAAGCACUCUGGGGUGGUCCAGGAUGUGGCACUCAGUGCCCCACCAUGCCAGCCAACCCCCUUAGUCCCUACCUCUCCUCAUCCUCACAAUGGGACACAAGGUGGGAAGGAAAGGAGCUGAGUAACUUGAACCCUUUAAGAGGGCACUGGAAGGAACCCCUGACCACACCAUUAUAGACGGCUCCGAGGAAGGGUGCAGCCCCACCGUCUUACUGAGGCUGAGAAAGGCUUUGGAGGUUGAGGUGAGGCCCAGGGCCUUGGGCUUCAGCUCAGUGCAGCCCUGCCUUUUAGGGAGGGUAUGAGGGCACCGACUUGGGAGGAUGAGAAUACAAUGCUCAUGGCAAAAAGGCAGCAUCGCUGUUGAGCCAAGAGCUGAGCAAAAUAGGAGGUUGCCUUUCUGAUCCCGGUCUGCUUGAAACCUGUGCUUACCUCGUCUGCCUUCCCACUCUCAUGCCAUUUGUCCAUCCAUUCAUUCACUUGUUCACUCAACAGGUAUUUAUUGACCACCUACUAUGAGCUUUAAGUCCUGCCUCUGUUGUGACACUUGCCGCAUCCACUGUGUAACUCUCCUUUCCAAUUCGCUCAAAAUUCGAGCUUGGGAUUGGACCGGCCUCACCUGUGUCCUCUCUCACAUAUUUCAGAGCCUUAAUCCGCCCUGUAGGUGAGCUGGGCCAGUCCUGUCUUUCUCAGAUGAGGGAACUGGUGGCCCACAGGGAUUAAGUGCCUGCCCGAGGUCAGGAGUGAGUCUGGAGACGGGCAUCUGGACUGGAGCCCGUGCUCAGGUCCUGGGCCCUCACUUCAUCUCCGCCUUGGACUGCCUGGGUCAGUGAUGGAAACAGGCAGGGACCAUCUCCUGGGGCAACCCUGGGGGAAGGGUUCAUGCGCAUUGAAGAGCCUGUGCCGAGACUCACCAUCCCCAGUGUCUCCAAGCCUGCAUUAGGGUCCGGGCCAGGACCAGGCUUGCCCCUGCAGUUCUACCUUCCCUAUUGCUUCUUGGCCAAGCUUCCAAGAGCCACUUCUCAGCACUCAGGCUGGAAGAUGUCAACCUGGGCCCCAUCUUGGCUGAACUGGGACCUCAGUCUUAAUCCUGCCUAGGCCUGGGAGUCCCUUACUCUGCCUGCUUGGACUUUGACACGCUAUUCACUGAACAUAUUUAUUAUGCAUCUGCUGUAAGCCUAGAGUUAAGAACCCAGCAGUGAAAUGGACAUUCUCAUGGAAUUUAGAGUCUAGUGAGGAAAUCAAUGACAACGAGAUGAAUGUCAGGAAAGGGUGUUAGGUGAUUGCCCUGCAGUCCUGGGGGCCCUGCCUGUGCCAGAGUCUUGAAGCCUUUGAGAAACUUUCGGUGGAAAGGACUGGGGCCUGUUGAAGGCUGGAGCCAGCGUGAGCCCUGAUCAAGGCUCUACAACAGCUUGAGGGAGUGAAGCAACUCAGGCAGCAGGAAAUAACCAGGCUGGGUUAAUGUGGUCUCAACCAGCUCAGCAGCAAGAUUAUUUGGCCAUGACUGGUUGAUCUUCAGCCUAAAGAACUGUUUCAAGUACAUGGGUCUAGUUGAAGUUUAAACCCCAGCAAAACAUUCCUCCCUGUCAAUGUAAAAUCUUGCUCCUUUGUCUCCCUCCCAUCUCCAGGACCCUUAGGUAAUUGGCAGUCAUCUGUCCCCACUCACUGCUCUGGGACAGGCUGAGACCUCUGAGGAUAAGACCUUCCUUCACUAGUCAACACACGUGCUUGUCCCUCGCUUGGGGAGCACAGACCCGGCCAGGCUUAUUUCAGUGGGUUCCAGUUUACUAGACUGCAGGAAGCUUCCUUCAGGGAGAGCAAGGAGGUGUGUCCCCAGCUUCUGGGAAAGGCAAGAAAGUGGGUUCUCACUGGAUCAGGGUGCCUGGGAAACCCCAUUUUUCACUUCACCAUUUCUUAUAACUCAACCCUUGAGGGAAGAGGGUCCUAAGAGUGGUCCUUGAAAAGGGCAGGGGGUCUGUAUGUAUUUCAGGUUGUGGCCAUUGGCUCUAGGGCUUAUUUCUCUUUCCUAAAGACUUAGCUUCUUGGGACUUCCACUGUCUUCUUUCUGAAAGACCAAAUCUAACUAAUGUAACCAGCAAUGUGGGGACUGCCAAGUAUGGCUUUGUCCUUGUGACUCAAAGGAGUUUGUCGGGCAAAUUUAGGUGGAUGAAGUAUGUGUGUGUGCGUGUGUGAGAGUGUGUGUGGGGUGGGAUAGCAUUCCUACAGAUUGAAAAUAAACCAGACAAACUUA